AUGCACUUGGCAACAGAAUCGUCAAAGUCGGGGUCUAAAUCGUUUGUUGUUCCUUGCGUAAGGGGGAGGGAACCGGGAGGCUUAUCAUUUGAUACAUCUACCUUUUACUGUCUAUGGGGGAGGCUAAUACAGCAAGUGCUAAGAACCAUAUCUCGCAGCAAAUGCUAUCUUAAGUCUAGGUAUUGUAAUAAGGAGUUCGGAUGA